AUGGACGAUCGAACUGUGGUAGAUUUCGACCAUGAUUCGAUAGCACACCCAACAAAUUGGAGCAAUGCCAAGAAGAUAUACACUGUUCUCUCUGCGUUGUUCCUUGUCCUCAAUUCCGGAAUCUCGUCCUCUUUGCCUAGCAAUGUUGUUCCAUACAUCAUGGAGGAGUUCGGCAUCCAAGGAAGCUCACAGAAGGUUCUGCCAUCUGGGAUCUUUCUGAUUGGAUAUGUUGUUGGUCCUCUGGGGUUUAGUCCUCUCAGUGAAACAAUUGGACGAAGAGAUGUUCUACUUGGAAGCUUCACGGUCUUUGUUCUAGCGACACUUGCCUGUGCUUUGGCACCGAAUUGGCCAUCGUUCUUGGUAUUUCGUUUUAUCUGUGGUGCGAUGGGCGCUGCCCCGCAGACAGUUGUCGGUGGCGUAUAUGCAGACAUGUUCUCGAACCCACGGAUCCGUGGCCGCAUUAUGACCUUCUAUAUGUCUGCUGCAAGUUUUGGUCCCAUUGUGGGACCGAUCAUGUCGGGGUGCAGCGCACAGUAUGGCUGGCGCUGGGCCUUUCGGAUCGAUCUGAUACUAGCUGGAUGUUGCUGGCUUGGCGCGCUCUUUCUUCCGGAAACAUUUGCGCGCGUCAUACUCAAACGGAAAGUGAAACAGCUGAACAGCACAUCUACAACACAGACCUACAUUUCCCAGCUUGACCUCAAGAAGGUAGAGGUUAAUACGAAUCUUCUCGAAAUAUUUACCAGACCCAUUACCAUGGUCAUCUUCGAGCCUAUCAUUCUGUUCAGUGCUCUUUAUAUCUCUUUUGCCUACGCCCUCAUUUUCUUCUGUUUUGCGGCAUAUCCUAUCAUCUUUGAAGGAACAUAUGGUUUUGACGUCCAGCAGACUUCUCUCUGCUUUCUACCUAUCGGUAUUGGCGCGGCUUCAUCCGGCCUCAUAUCCCUUUACUACGACAUUUACUAUGAAAAAGCGAAAGCGCAGGGCAAGAAGUGGACCACCAUCCCAGAAUACCAGCGCCUUCCAAUCUGCCUUAUCGGCGGUCCCUGUCUUACAAUAAGUCUUUUCUGGCUUGCUUGGACCGCGGAUCGUCACGUUUACUGGCUGGUACCGGCUCUUUCGGGCUUGUUCUUCGGCGUCGGCUAUCAGAUCAUCUUCAUCUCUCUCUUGACAUAUGUCACCGACGCGUACAAGAUCUACUCCGCGAGCGCAUUGUCUGCCUCGCUGAUCACACGAAGCAUUCUUGGUGCUGUGUUCCCACUGGCUGCCGACCCCAUGUACUCUGCACUGGGCGUGGGGUGGGCAACGUCUAUUCUGGGGUUCGCCAGUCUGGCGUGUAUUCCCAUCCCAGUGAUGUUUAUCUAUGCUGGGGAGUGGAUCCGGAGAAAGAGCCCUUUCUGUCAGCGGUUGAUGGAGGAUGAGAGAAAGAAGAAGGAGGAGACGAUGGCGACUAGACCUGCUACUCCGGUAGAGGUCUGA